AUGAAUAACCGAAGAACACGUCGGAAUAAUCAAUACCACAACAAUGGCACCUUAGGCUCUUCUUACAACUACAAUUACAACAACACCAACACUGACUACGAGUCCGACACCGCGUACCUCUCCGACAUGCCGACUAAACCCCCUCCACCACUCCGCUCUAACGAGGAGCUGAAUCUCGCUGUCUGCCGUCGUCACAAUCCCGAGGUCACGAACAUCCUGUCACUUGCAAACUACGCUGUCAUCUACACCUUCAGCCCCGCUACAACCACAUGGGAAAAGAUCAACAUCGAAGGCACCCUGUUCGUCUGCCAGCUGUCACCCGGUAGCCUGGGCGAAGAGCGCUACACAGCCCUCUUACUGAAUCGCCGUGGUCUCAACAACUUCGAUUGCCCAUUGACCGGCUCCGAAAACGUGGAACUGACCGAUGAAUUCGUGAUCUUGAAGCAAGACAAGGAAAGCAACCCGACUUCUGCCCAACAGACCAACUACACUGUUUACGGAAUUUGGAUCUACUCUGAGCCCAACACCUCUACCGACGAAACGCGCACCAUAAAUGCCAAGAUUAUCAGCGAUUGCGCUGUGCGCGCUGGCGGAAGUCUGAAGGAGGCGAAGGCCCGCGUGCAGGCUAUGCGCCAGGAUGGUCUGCACGUUGCUGCCGCCGCGGCUGAAAGUCAGGCUGCGCCUACGGAAGAGCUCCAGGGUGGCAUUCCUAUGGGUCGUACCAUGUCACUGAAGGAUAUGUUUGGGCAACAACGUGCUCAGGAUGAUGGGUUUAGUGUUCGCGCGCACCAUGAACAACCCCAGCCUCAACACCAAUACCCGCCUCAGUAUCAGCCUCCUCAGCCUCCUCAGCCGCAUGUUCAGGCCUACCCUCAGCAUCAAUACCCCUCAGCUCCAGGAUACCCUCCGAUGUAUCCCAACAUGCCUAUGCACCAACAACCCGGCGUCCCUCAGCCUCAUGUCCAAUCCCACGUUCAGACUCAGGCCCCGCCUCAGGUCCAGCCUAGGCAAGACGUUUUGGGUGAUCUUUUUCGACGUGCAGGACUAGAACCGCAGCAGUAA